UCACAUUUAUUUGAAAUCUUUUUUUUUCGAUUUCUCAAAACAAGUGACACUGGCAGGUAGUGAUGUCAAGUUUCGUAAUGAAUAGUGAAGAAUAUAAUUAUUUUUAAAUAUUAAAUGAACCCGUGAUUCGUAUUACAAAGAAAUGUUCAACAAACCUUUUAAAGUUAAAUCUAAUUCCCAACUUAAAGCAUCGGAAAGGAAACGGUUUUUCCUCGAUGUCUUGAAAAGUUUUCCUCAGUUGACAGCAGAAGAAUUGCAAAAUGUCAUACCAAACAAGGAAGUGAUAAUCACUAUGAAGGUGCAGACUCACGGGGGGCAAAUUGUUCUUGUGUAUUGUGUGCUGAAAGAUCCAUUAGUAUUUGAGAUUGAGAAGGUUAUGUUCCCGACCGUGUACAUGUUGUGGAAGUUCCCUAAUUUGCUCCACACUUUCACAACAUGGCCGGAUGUUCUCCCGAGGGUUCUGGGCGGUGCCGACUUGAUGCUGCCCGGAAUCGUCCUGAAAAACGGCGCUCACAUAAAUGCGUACGGCAAGCUGAGCAAGGGAGAUAGGAUCGCGGUGAACAUGACGACGAACAAAGCUCCGUUCGCAGUGGGCAAGGCAGCUCUGUCGAGUUACGACAUGUACAUGUCCGGUAGGCACGGCAAAGCUGUCGAAAUCUUGCAUUUUGUGGGGGACGAGUUAUGGUCGAUCGGAACGAGGGUCACCCUGCCGGAAUUGGGCCCACCCGUCGAAAACGAAAGCAAUGAUGAAACCCUGGCAGUUGUUGAAAACAACACUAGGACUUUAAGAGAAGCAGAAAGUUAUGAAAAUGUUGUGUUAGAGUCGAGUAGAGUAGGGGCUAGUGACGAGAACAGUGGUGCUAUCUCUUUGGAAGAUGACCGUGUGGAUAAGGCCGUGGAUGCUCUAGCAGAUACUGUGGCGGGGCAGUCGCUGUCAGAAGAAGCGGGACUGGACGAAGAUGCUGUCGCGGAGGGAGAGAAACAGGUCGACGAGCAGGACCAGAUGGACAACCUUCUGACGUACUGCUUCAUGAAGGCGCUGAAGACCACAGCGAAGAACGCAGAUUUCCCGCUGCUGACGAGCAACUUCUUCAAGGUCCACAUGAUUCCCGCGUGUCCGGAGGGGAAGUCCCUGGACAUCAAGAAGUCCAGCUACAAGAAGCUGACCAAGUUCCUGGCGGCCAUGCAGGAGAAGCAGCUGGUGGCGGUGAAGGAGCAGACGAAGGGAGUGAUGACCAUCACGUCCGUGAACCACGCCCACCCGCUGCUUCGAGAGUUCGUGGUGGCGGAGCCCCCGCCGAGCGACGGCCAGCCCAAGCUGACGGUCAAGCCCGAGAUCACGGAGAUGUACGUCGCCACAGCCGCCGUCGUCCCUCUGCUGUCCCAGUUCCUGGUCAAGAAAGGUGACAAUCUUCAGGUGCCUACCAUUAGAAAGUACAUCACAGAAUAUGUAAAGCUGAAGAAUUUGCAAGAUCCUGGGAACAGAAAGAUGGUGAGGCUGGAUGACGUGCUGCACACGUGCCUGGGCGCCGCGCCGGAAGCGCAGGGCGUGUCCUGGGAGGACCUGAUUGCCGGCGUGCUGGCGCGCAUGACCCACUCCUACCAGAUGACCGCCGGCCAGACCAAGGUCACGGCCAAGGGCAAGCUGGAGCCCGUCGACAUCCAGGUCGGCAAGAGGACGGGCAACAAGAAGGUGACGCUGGUCAACAACCUGGAGUUGUACGGCGUGAACCUGCAGGAGUUUGCGCGCGAGUGCCAGCACGGCGUGGCGGCAAGCACGAGCAUCAGCGCCGUGCCGGGCAGGAAGAGCGCACAGCUCUUGGUGCAGGGGAACCAGGUCACCUUCGUGGCCAACCUGCUCAUGGGAAAGUACGAGAUACCAAAGAGGUACAUCAGAGGUCUUGAAAAUGCUCCAAAAACCAAGAAGUGAAAUGUGGUAACACAAAAGACUGCACAAGCUGUGAGUAUUUGUACAGAGAAAAGAAAAGUCUGCCCUGAAAAUAAUGCCGAGCCUGCCACGAUGUUGCGUCUGUAAACGUUUAAUAAAUUUACAUUUUUA